UUUGUUGUCAUGGCGGCGUUUCAAAUAAAUGACUAGCUUGGGUACAAAACUACCCACUUCAUUUUCCAAUUAAUUGCAUUUUAAUUUACCCCAAACCACUAAGUGUGUGUUGCAAAGGAAUGCGGAUAAACAGCAUUAACCAAAAACAGUGGCGACACAGUCGAAAUGGUCCGGCGGCCAGUGUUUUGUGUUUAAUUGGCGAUAAUCUCUCCAGCGUCGUUAGCUUAACAUUAGCCAGCUAAUUGGCUAGCUAGCUCGAAAAUCUAUGUUGACAUCAGUAACAGCGAAGUUUCAUCGAUUGGCUCGCUAACUCGAAAGCAGUAAACAUGUGAGUUGUUGUUGUUUUUGUCAGUCUGAGGAAGGUGGUUGGUUUGUUGUGUUUGCUAUGAUGGCGGCACCGUUACAGCAGAUGGGUCCCACUGUGGAGCAGCAGAGUCCGGGCAAAGACCGGGUCGUUUUAGGCUCACACCUCAGCAACCGUGGGACUGUGACCCCCGGCCUGUCUCAAACCAAGCUUUUGUUCAGUGAAGCCAUGCCUGCAAGUGUCUGCAAUCGUGCCACCCGUGUAGGCCGACCAGGCCCCAUCGUGAUUGAGAAGCUAAUUCCAAGGUUAGAGGAGCAGGAGAAUGUGGACAGCAGCUCCAGGAGCUCCAUAAGUUUCUCCGCUCUUUCUGAGGAGAGGCUGCGUGCUGCGGUUAAGCUGGCCAAGCGAGAUCUGAGGUGGAGACGCCAUGAGUCACUGAAGAAAUCACCCCUCAAACUGCCACAAGAAGACCCCCAGCUUGAUACAAGCAGUGCAGACCUGCUGCAGCAGCUGGCAGCCACAGCCGAGGUAAAAUCAAAAGCCUCCAGUCUGCAAGAGCGGGCAGCAGCCAGGCCUGAAGCCAACCUGCAGAUUCACACUCCUCAGAGGCACUCUGCUUCCCUCAUCCAUGAAAAUGGCCAAUCACCUCCAACCAGAGACCCUGGACCAAGGCAGUCGGCUGGAGGCCAGCAGCCUCAGUUAAGCCAGGAGAUCCAUAAACUGCAAAAUCAGCUCCAAGUCUACAUCCAGAAAAUAGAAACACUGGCCAACAGAGGGCACAAAAUGGAGGAGCCUGAGGAUCCCGAAGAACAGCAAAAGAUGGAGAUUCGCAGGCAGAAGCAGGAAGCCCGCUCCUCACGCAUGAUCUAUGGUCUCCAACAACAGGUGAGAGAAAUACAAGAAGAUAUAGAGAAGCUACGAUGCCAAAAAAAUCAGGACACCAAAAAGGCCAGGGCAAUGGACAGGCUCGCAGCUGCCCAUCGUGGGGCAGUCAGGGCCAUGCAGGACUUCAUCCAUCAGCCGUCCUAUCCAUCUGAGGGCAAGGUGCCGCCUCAUUACAGAGAGCUGGGCCAGCUGAUUCGCCAGCUGUCUUUGUGCUCAGCUAAGGUUGAGGUGGACCAGGGUUCAGCUGUGCCUGAGACUGCUCUAGACAUCCUGCAGAAACUAGAGACUCUGGAUUCUGUCCUCAGUAAACAGGAGAGACCUCAGCAGAGGCAAGCCCAAGCAUGCAGCUCCGGUCCUCCUCACAGCAAGUCUCCUCAUCGCCGUAUGUCACCUCCUAGUGCACUCAGGGGUCCUGCCAUCUCGGGUCUCAGGGGACCUCGAAAAGCCACAGGUCCUAAAAGGAGCAACCGCGCAGGUAAGAAAAUGGCUUCACAGAAGCCCAGAAGCUCUUCCAUCCAAGCCACAGAUCGUAGAGAGGUGCUCAGGGUUGGCUUGGAGAGUCUCAUCCAGCAGAGGGAGCAGAGAGAGACUCAUGGAGGAUGUAAGCCUAACACCACCCACAGAAAAGAAGGGACUCUGCACUCUGAGAAGAGCAAGCCCAAUCAGAUGCGAGAUGCAGGUUUCCAGCAGCCUACAGUCUCUUCUCGGCUCAGAGUGAACCAGAUCCCUCAAAAAGAGCAGUCCGUGCCCUGGAUACCCACAUCUCCCCACUCUCCUCCUCCUCCACAACGAUCCCCUCAAAGGAGGAGACCAGAGCCUCGAUGUCUCUUCUCUCCUACGAAGCCCUUAUCAAGCCCUCCAAAGCAGCGGGUGGCCAGGGGGCUGGAGGCUGAGCUCUUAAGUUCAGACAAGAAGAAACAAGCCCAAAAUGAAGCUCUAAGGCAAGCCUGGCUGGAUAAGAUGACCAUGCAGAGACUGAAAGAGCUCAACCAGUUGAGUAAAGAAGAGGAAGAACGUAUCCACAGAUUAAGGUCUGAUUUGGGCUCUCCGAGUCAGUGGGCCGAGAGAGCUGAGCAGAAGGCCAGAGAGAGAAUUCAGCCCCUUCUGGACGAGGUGCAGCAGAUUAGCGAGUCCAGGAACAGGAACAGCUCCUCACUGAGGAACAGGUUAUCUGAGCAGGCUGCUGAGAGGGCAGCAGAGAGUGCGGAGCAGCUAAGCGAGGCCCUUCUGGAAGAUCUGUUGGAUGACGCCACAUGCGAGGCGUGGGCAGCCAAGACAGACAGACAGCUGGAGAGCCUGGCCCAGCGUGGGCUCCAGGCCCCCACCCUGGAGAGUAUGCUGCUGCGCAUGGAGGAGAUGCAGCGCGAUCAGGAUGAAGUGAGGAGGCGGUUUGCCACUAUUGCCUAUUCAGACCCUCUUUACUGGGACAGAGUAGAGACAACCGGAUCCCAGUGCCAUGCUCCGGGCUCCAGGCCAGCCUCUCCUCAGCCAAUUAGGCUCACAAGGCCAGCGCCGAGGCACAGCUCAGCGGCUGAAAUUGUCCUAGAGAAACCUGUAGAGACUGGAAUCAGCAUUCUGUCUGAGAACAGUCUGACAGAAGAGGCAUCCCAAGAUGGUCAGCUGCCCAGAGACGGCACCUUAUUCCCAGGUCCAGUGGAGAGGAGCAGGGGGACCCCGAUUUCCGUGCCAGGCAGCAUGCUGAGGAGCAUCCAGCACUAUAGGAAAGACUACGAAGCCUACCUCCGCCUUGUGGCUCAUGAAGCUGUCGGCAACUUCAACCCCUGGGCCAUCGCAGACAGUCUGGCAGACGAGCUGCUCUCAGAGGCUCUGGCGGAAGUGGCGGCGGAGUUCCAGGACGUCGUGGAGGAAUAUGCGGAGGCCGUCUUCACCUCCGAGUUCCUUCAGCCUGUCCAAUCUCCCCCUGCUUCAGUUCCAACAUUGGUCAGCCAAUAAUGAAUCACAGGCCUACCAGUCAGCUUAGUCAUCAUGUGGCCGUUUUAAUAUUUGGAGAACUCUUUCAAAACACUUUGGGAGGAAAUCUGUCUGAUAAAGUUCAUUACUCAGUAUCUCGAUAGAAAGAAUAUUAAAUAUACAAGUUCCAGCCUACAAAAGUGUUAUUUUGUCAACCAAGGAUGUAAGUUACCUGCUGCCUUUUGAAUAUCACAUUUUACGCAGCUAUUUUGCUAUCAAUGGUUUUGUAAAUUCAAAUGAAAAAUGUGUCAUUUUGGAAUGAAACACUCCAUAUAUGUAUAUAUUUAUUUUGUUAUUGUACAGGAGUUAGUUUGGAAAUAAUGUUUGUUGGUUCCUGCUUUCAUGUGAUGGUGCAGAACUAUUUAUAUCUGAGUUCUGGACUUUUGAAAUGAAUCCGUGGGGCACAUGACUGUCGUGUUGCACAAGGAGCAUCCCACUCCCAUUUGGCAGAUUUCUCUCUUGUGGCCCAUCUGUAUCUGUGAUUGACUUCCAGUGGGAAAGUUAGUUUAGUUUAGAUAAGCUUUGAGAGAGCAUUACGACAUUACAGAGGAUUAUAAGAUUACCCCCCCUCCCUUUGCACUUGGUAUAAAUCUCCCUGAGGAUUACUCACACUUUCUACUUUCAUGUUUGAAUAUGGUACCAAAUUAAUUGCAUAGCAUACCUAACAAUAUGAAGCCAAGGGCGCUGUGCCUUUAUUGGUGCGGGUGUUUGUUUUGUCGCUUGUAAUGUGGUUUCCGCUUAGGUUUUAAUGAUGAAAUAAAUGGUCUAAACACAGCAAACUGCA